GCAGCAUUUAUAUAGUGGUGUCUGCACGCGGAGAGGGGAGUCAGCUCGUUGCACUUAUUUCUACCCCGAGUCCUCCCAGCCGCUCCGGACCUGUCACCCCCCCACCUCCUCCUCCCGCCUGCCCGACCGCCAGCAUCGGAGACUCUCUCUCCUCUCUAGUCGUGGCUAGUCCAAAGACCUUCAGGAACGCAGGAUCUCCCCGGUCCUCUGGACUCAGUACAAACUGGAGCUGGAAAUGUCUGCCACGCUUUUGUCCGCCUUCUACGACAUCGACCUGUUCUGUAAGAACGAAAAAGUCCUGAACAAUCUGAAUCUGAGCAGCAUGCUGGACAAGAAGGCAGUGGGCAGCCCGGUGUCAAAUGGCACCUCCAGCCUGCUUCCAGGGUUCCUCCGCAGACACUCGGCCAGCAACCUGCAGAUUCUGACUAACAACAACUCGUCCCCCAAGUUCUGCAACAACAACCACCUCAAGGAAUCGGUGGUGAACACCACUGCCCUGAUGAAUAAAGAGAACAAGUUUCGGGACCGCUCGUUCAGUGAGAAUGGAGAACGUAGCCAGCACCUCCUGAAUCUCCAGCAGCAGCAACAGCAACAGAAGUCCGGUGCUCAGAUCAACUCAACCCGCUACAAGACGGAGCUCUGCCGACCCUUCGAGGAGAGUGGCACUUGCAAAUAUGGUGAGAAGUGUCAGUUUGCCCAUGGGUUCCACGAGCUGCGCAGUCUGACCCGGCACCCCAAGUACAAGACCGAGCUGUGCCGUACCUUCCACACCAUCGGCUUCUGCCCCUAUGGUCCCCGCUGCCACUUCAUCCACAACGCCGAGGAGAGGAGGCAGGCACCUGGAGGAGGAGGCUCCCCUACAGACUGCUUCAACGGGCAGCGCCCCAAACUGCACCACAGCCUCAGCUUCUCCGGGUUCCCCAACCACAGCCUGGACUCCCCUCUUUUGGAGAGCCCGACCUCGCGCACACCUCCCCCACAGCCUUCUAACUCCCUGUACUGCGAUGAGUCUAUCUCUUGUGCCAACAAUGCCUUCACCUUUUCUGGCCAGGAACUCAGUCUGAUCACGCCCCUGGCGAUCCAGACCCACAACCUGUCCAGCUACAACCCUGCAGCCUACUGCCGCCAGCAACAGCAGCCAGCUUCUUCCAACACGCCCCCGCCGAGCCUUAACUUCCAGCCCCUGCGACGCCUCUCCGAGUCCCCAGUGUUUGAUGCUCCACCAAGUCCACCCGACUCCCUCUCUGACCGGGAGAGUUAUCUGAGCGGCUCCUUGAGCUCUGGCAGCCUGAGUGGAUCGGAUUCCCCUACCCUGGACUCUAACAGGCGCCUGCCCAUUUUCAGCAGGCUGUCCAUCUCUGAUGACUGAGCCAUCAACCCCCCUUUUUUUUUUCUCUAGGGGGUAGUCUGGACUGGGGAGGCAAGUUGCUGCCUGGGCUGGUAUGAUAUAUAUAUAUAUUUUUUUUUAAAUGAUCUGGGCUUCAUAGCCACCUGUCUGAGAACAGAGGGCAGUGCUGUAAAGUCCGCAGCUGCUGCAGAACCUCUUCAUAUAUUUUUUUUCUAAGGACAAGCAGAGCAGCCUCUUUUGGUCACGUUGUUGGGUUGCUCCUCGUUGAAAGUCAAGACAGUCAUGGCUCUGCAUGCUGAGGUUAUGUUGCAGCUGAGGCCUUUGGGUUCCACAAGCUGUCCUGGUGAUUGGACUAAAGGUUUUUUUUUUUUUGCCCACCCUGCCUUUAAGUACAGCGGAAGCAUCAGGGUCCAGUUUUUACCCCCCCCUUUGAAAAGCUGCCAGUCUAUCCCUGCAUCUCUUGCCCAGUGUGAUAUACAGACUCAGGAGGGUAGAAGACCAGAGAGGAUGAUGACCCACGCCUUACACCAAUGUAAUCAUGGCAAGGACUAAACACUUGAACUGUAUACAGCUGGCACUCAAGAUGUUCCCUGUAUUAUUAUUAUUAUUAUUAUUAUUAUUAAUAUUAUUAUUUUUUGUUUUUUGCCUUUGUGCCUCUGCCAAUUUUUAUUUAAUGUAAAGAAGGGUCAGAAAGACUCGUGAAAAGAAAAAUCCUGAAAGCUGAACAAAAAAAAAACCUUACUCGCAAAAGGGCAAACUUAAUAGAA